AUGCAUCUAUGUACUGGACAAAGUAGAGUUGAAAAUUGGAAAGCUGAUGGGGGUGUUUUAAUAAUCACAUGGAGAUGCUGUCAUGGUCAUGGUGGGGUCUGGUCGUCAUCAAAGGUUUUAUGCGUAAAGAAGGAACAGAAUGUGUACACCACUACCAUAAUGAUAGCUGCAGCAAUUAUUAUAACAGGUGGCAAUUAUGAAAAGUUUGCACUAUUUUGCAAAUUUCUUGGUCUGUCAUUCAUCUCAAGGUCAACUUUUAUGAGAAUCCAAAAGAAGUAUGUGAUUCCUGAGUUCAAGAGAUUUUGGAAAGACAUGAAGGCAUCGAUAUGGAAAAUCUUUUUUGGGGAAAGCAUCAUUCUUUGCGGUGAUGGCCGAAAUGAUUCACCAGGUUUCAGUGCUAAGUAUUGUGUGUAUGUACUUAUGGAGCAGUUUGUCAAUGUAAUCGUAGAUAUCGAAGUUGUAGACAAGCGUGAAACUGGUGGGGUGUCAACCAAUAUGGAAGUUUUUGGACUGAAAAAACUGUUGGAACGUGUUGUUGGUGAGAUUGUUGUGUCAGAAAUUGUGACAGAUGCUUCCACGGCAGUUGCCGCACUGGUUAGAAGAAUGAAAGGUAUAAUAAUAGUAAUGGAUUAAAACAUGAAAAUUAGGUGCAGGAAAAAAAUUAUUUCAUGUCUUCCAAUUAUGUUUUAAUGCAUUGUGUCCUAAUGCACCUACAUUAUUAUUUUACUCUGUCUAAUGCCAGAUGAUUUUCAUAGACAAUCCUGUUCAUCAAGGGGAGAUGGCGCUGGCUCUUAUAAAUGGGUUAAUUAAUUAAAUAUAUUUUAUGGAUUUUUUAGAUAAGUAUCCUAAUGAAUUUGGUAACCUGUUUCAUGCGCUUGACAUUUGGCACAAAUCUGUAAAGUUGACAAAGAAGUUGUCAAAGGUGAUAUUUAACUUCACUCCCUUAUACAAUAUACUGUACGUUAUUGUGUCAUUUAGGAAUAUACAGUAAUCAUUAAAUUAAAUAAAACAUAAUCCCUUUAAGUGUUGAACAUGGGGGGAGGAUUAUUUUAGACAAAAAAAGUUUAACUAAAAUUUCUAGCUACAAACAUUGGUCAAAUGCUGACACCCUAAAAUCCUCUCGAGUGUCUGCGAAAGUACAUCAUCUUCGCUAUAGAGUCAUAUUUUCCUAAUUGAGAUGUUCGGUUUGAAUAUUUUUGGUUUUAGGCUGCAAAAAUUAAGGGUUGUGAGGUACUAAGCGAGUGGACCGAGCCAAUACGAAACCACUUCUGGUAUGUUGCACAAGAAAGUAAGGGCAACACAGAGAAAUUAAAGGUGAGGAAAGUACUAACUUUCACGUUAGAAUGUUACCCUUAUAUAUUAUAGUUAAUAUUAAUCAGGGUUUGAAUUAACAGUGUGAAAAUACUGGACCAAAUAGUGAACAUUGCACAUCACUUUUCCAAAUGUUCUGUGGAAAAUCAGACUUGGAAACUAUUGGGACUAUUUGCCUUAUAAAGUAGGGCAUAUUGGAGCUUAUUGGUUUAAUGAAUACACUUUAGGACAGCUGGUUUGGAGUUUUACAUCAUGUUGUUGGUGAACACGAAUGGGCAGAUGGUGAAUGCACACAUGGUCCUCUUGUUUCCACUGAAGAAAACAAGACCUUGAUGGAUAAGGGUUCCAAGGCAAUGGAGGCUUUGCGGAAAGUGGUGAUGGAUCCUCGCUUUCUUAAUGCUUUGCACCAUUAUGUAACAUUCAGGUAUAUUGACCGGUCAUGGGACUUUACAUUAAUAAAGGAAUAA